AUGAUCAUCCCUGCAGAGAAAUAUUUCCCUGCUACAGCCUCUUACCAAGUCCACAAAACUACCUCUGUGAUUAAGAAUAAGUUGACAGAAGAACAUAUGAGACUUAUAGGAAAUGGUCCAUUGUUAGAUAUAGAUCUUGUUUUUAAUGGACAACUUUUACACCAUUUUCUGUUAAGAGGGGUAACGAAUGUGAACCCAGACGUUAUAUCAUUCAACAUUCUAGGGGAGAAGGGAAACAGUAGAAAGAGAAAAAAUGGUGAAAGGCUACGAGAGCUAAUUCUUGGACUGAAGGACCCAAAUGAAAAGGAUAGUUCUUGCAAGGAUGUGGAGACCACAUUCGAGAAGUUCAAUUUUACUAAUGACGAAGAUGUUGUCAAUGUUGCAUUGGCACUAUUCAUUGAAAUGGUAAUGAUUGAAAAAGACAAGAAAACCCAAUUUGAUGUGAAUAUAUUUGGGAUUGUCGAUGACCAUGAAGUCUUUGAUAAUAAUAAUAUAAGGACUCAUCAUGAUGAGGGGGACAAUAAUGAGGGGAUUUCUCGUGAUAAUAAUAUUGAUUAUGGUAACAAUACAAAGGUUCAUCAUACCAGUGCAGAAGAUCUCCCUUAUACCCACAAAGAAACCUACCAUGGAGAAGAUCCCCUUCAAACCAGUGCAGAAGAACAUGUCAACGAACAUGUCAAUACAGAGAUUCAUCAGGCCAAUGAUGCAUGUGCAUUUAGAAGUUGCACUCAAAACUUGACCUGUGAUGCUUUGAUGGAGCCAGAGGGAAUCGCUUCUAAGAUCUGGUUAGAAGGUCUUGAAAUGAAGGAUGGCAAAGUGGCAAGCUUGUUGGAUCACGAAGCACACAUGAGGUUUUGGGUGGACUCUCGCUUCUUUACUGACUACGUGCUUGGACAAUAUAAAGAAUACAAGCCAAUGUGGACAGAUGUUAACUUCUUAUUUGGCCAAUCAACAUCAAACAACACUUGCUUAUACUUGCCAUCAAUUUAG